AUUUCUUUCUUUCAGGAUAACAAUGCCAGUUUGUAGCUGCAAACAACAUGCAAUCUUUUCAAAAGAUGAGCCAUUUAGAAUUUAUAGACUAUCGAGCAAAAAAUUCAAAACAUCGGUUGUUGGAGCUCUUGUCGAAAAUGGCCAUCUCUCUAAAAGGUCGGUGUUUUUAUGUACAGCAUGUGCUACAUACAGUGAAAAAAAUUUCAUUUCCAAUGAAAAAGACAUUGAAGACAAACUUGUUGAACAAGUCAUUGAUUUGAUUAAGACAAACAAUAUCUCCGAUGAAAAUGUGAUUAAAAUUGCGGAAGCCAUUGGCAGUAGAGAAACAAGAAAGAUGAAAGAUGAUUUUAAUGAUAAUGUAUUUAGUCAAUACAAAAAUGUUGAUUUUUUAACAUGUGCCACUAUUGAUACGUGGAUUGCUGACAGAAACAAAGUCAUGUCUUCGUUCUUGCUGUCUUUGUGUGGAAAACAGAUGUCCGAUUUGUCAUCAUCAGAGAAAACUAAGAUUGUUUUUGCUAUUGAACAUUUGUACUCUCUUAUUUCUUCGAACAUCAUAAUGCCAUUUUCAUUUAGUCUCAAUCUUUUAACAUAUUAUAUGUCAAACAGCAAAACAGUGUGCAAUAUGUACUCGAGUGCUCAUCCCGCUGGAAGUUACACUUCUGUUCUUAAAUGGAUAGAAGAACAUGCAGCCACUCCAAUAACCAUUCCAUUUCAGCAUGAUGUUAUCACCUAUUUUGAUAAUAAUCAAGUUUUAGCACGGAACUGGAGGGUACGGUAUGACGCCAAAGCUAUUCUAAGCUAUGUCACUACUGUUGUGCACUUCUUCCCUUCUCCGACGACAGAUUUACAACUUUUAAAUAAAUUUUCUCCACGACACUGGUUUUACAAUAUUAACAUUACAGAAAAAUACACUUCUAUUGUAGAAUUCAUAAAUUUUUAUGAAAAUUUGUUUACAUCACUUCGAGAAAAUUUUAUCGAAAACAGGAUAAAUGUUUUGUUACAACAGCAACAUCCAGGACUUAAUUGUACAGAAGACAUCAUUUCAGAUCUUUUAAAAACCAAGAAGAAGAAAUUUUCACAUAAUUCCAGAUGCCAAGUUGAUGCUUAUUCUUUUAUAGCAGAAUCCCAUACAAGUUCUCCGAUAAUUCAAAUGGGAAAUCCCAUAUCUGUCAAUCCUUGCUCAUUCAAAUCUGUGAAAGUUGUUUUAGAAAAUUUGAAAUGCACAGCUGGGAUUCCAGAUCAUAGACAGUGGAGUAUAGUAGGUUGUGAUGGGCUUCCUUUCCUUCUCUCUCAUCGCAUCAUUCGUGAUAACCCUGAUCUUCAAGAUCUACUCCUCCAACCUGGCCUUGGACAUGUAGAAAUAAAUAUGUGCAAAGCUGUCAUUAAGCUCUUGUGGCAAAUCAUAGGGUUAGAUUUGGCCAAACUCUUAGGCUACAGAUCGCCAAAAGCACUCCAGGCCUGCUUAGAUGCAAAUGAUCACCAUAAAGCCAUGCAGUUCAUUGAGAUUCUCCUUUUUGGAACAGGAGAUGAACUGUUAUUUCCUUACAUGUUUCAUUGCUCCGAACGGGAAAUGGACCCUUCAGGGAAAGGGUUUUUCGCCUGGUGUAAAGAAGUAAAGGAUCCCAACUACAUGUUCUUGCUGGAGUCCAUAUUUACUUACGUCCUAGCAGUGUAUUUGUUUCGAGCGGGGAUAAGACGUAAUAACAGUAACGUCAUUAUGGCGUCCAGGCUGAAGUUUUCUUCCCUUUACUUUGGCGUAUCCAAAACCAACUAUCAACAGAUUGAAUUAUUAGACAUUAUCAUGAGAGUCUGUGCACCAGCUGAAAUUCUUCAAUUCAUCCAGGAGCACGAGUCCUUCUCUCGUAAGAAGAGCAAAUUCUCACCUCAAUUAGCUGCACACUAA